CCAAGAAUCCGAUAUGGUGACAUCACCAGCAAUCCAUUGUCAACUGAGAAAAGAGAUAUUUGGGGUUCAGUGGAGGUCUCAAACACACCAGGAAAGCCACUCGAAGCCUGGUGAGGAGAAAUCCUUGAGUUCUGGAUGUGCUGGAGUCCAGGAACGUUUCCUGACCAAAGGGAACUGGGAAAGGACGAAAAAGGACAACUGCUUCAUAUGUAAAAAAAUGCUGAAAGUUCAGCAAAUCCAGACUGGAGAAAAACCAUGUAAACACAGGCAACCCAGAAAGGACUUGGGAGAUCUUCCUUCCCUCGAAAGGUUCCACCCCGCAGGAAAAACAUACCCCUGUGUGGAGUGUGGAAAGAGCUUCAGUGAAAAGCGAUCCUUGACUGAUCAUCAAAAGAGCCACCCUGAAGAGAAACAGCACAAAUGCUUGGAGUGCGACAACAGUUUCCACACCAACAGCCAACUUGCUUCUCACAAAAGGACCCACGCCAGGAAAAACACGUACACCUGUAAGCUGUGUGGAAUGAGCUUCAGAAUGAGGAGUUUGCUUACUUUCCACGGCAGGAUUCACUCAGGGGAGAAACCGUAUAAAUGCAUGGAGUGUGGAAAGAGUUUCAGGUGGACCAGCGAUCUUACGUCUCAUAUUAGGAUCCAUACGGGGGAGAAACCCUACAAAUGCCCAGAGUGCGGAAAGAGCUUCAGCAGGAGCAGUUCCCUUACCUACCACAAAAGGAUCCACACAGGGGAAAAGCCCUACACAUGCCCGGAAUGUGGGAAGCGUUUCAGCGACUGCAGUGCUCUGUGUUCUCAUAAAAGGAGCCAUUCCUCAGAGAAACCCUAUCAAUGCACUGACUGCGGGAAGAGCUUUGGCAAGAACAGCUUUCUCAUCUCACAUAAAAGGCUCCACACUGGGGAGAAACCCUAUCAAUGCUCAGACUGCGGGAAAAGCUUCAGCCAGAGCAGCCACCUGACUUCCCACAAAAGGCUCCACACGGGAGAGAAACCCUAUCAAUGCACAGACUGCGGGAAGAGCUUCAGCCAGAACAGCCAUCUUACUUCCCACAAAAGGCUGCACACGGGAGAGAAACCCUACAAAUGUACCGUGUGCGAAAAGAGCUUCAGCAACAGCAGUUCCCUGACUUCGCAUAAAAGGGGCCAUACGGGGGAGAAACCUUAUCAAUGCAUGGAGUGUGGGAAGAUCUUCAGCCAGAGCAGUCACCUCACUUCCCACAAAAGGCUCCACACGGGAGAGAAACCCUAUCGAUGUGCAGAGUGUGGGAAGAUCUUCAGGUUGAGUAGUGAGCUUACGUCCCACAAAAGGAUCCACACAGGGGAGAAACCCUAUAAAUGCUGGGAAUGCGGGAAGAGUUUCAAACAGAGCAGCCAACUUACAUCUCAUAAAAGGACCCAUAUCAGGGGGAAAAAUAUAUAA